GCAACGCUUGGGUCACAGGGUGGUAGUACCAUCACAUGACAGAUCUGCUGAGUGUAGUAGGUUUUUCUCUGUGUUCGUUCGUCAUAUGAUUGAAAGCCUGGCCGAAAAUUAAAAAUGUUGCAAAACGUCGUCGUUUUCUCGCUAUUUAUUGCAGCAAUUCAUGCCGCUGGCGAGUUCACCGUGCUGAACAGCCCCAAGUCGAUUAGUUUCAAGGGCAAUGAUCCACUAAACAGCAAUUACGUCGGCGAUGCUUUGUUCGCUGCCAUGGGCAAUGCCGUCGUUGGCGACUCUGACUGGAGUGGCCUCACUAUCAACGAUCCCUUCAACCUGGCCAAGGGCGUAAUUGCCGUCCAUGUUGAGGGUAUCAGCCAUAUUACCACAGCUGGCAAUGUCAAGUCCUAUGAGCUGGUUGGAUCCAACACUGGCCAUUCACUCAAUGCCUUAGCAGCUGAGUUGGAAGCAGCCAACGAGCCAGUUUGCGACAUCAACUUUGGCCAGUACGAUGAGGGCGUUCAAUCAUUCAAGGCCUGCUUCGGUACUACCGAUGCACCUGCUGCCAAGCCCACAAAGCACUUGAAUCCCGCUCUGCACAACGCCGACAAGCAGUUCCUUCAGGAAAUCGGUUUUAUUAACGCUGCCUCCGAGAACUUGGCUGAGAUGCUGAAGCCGUCGAAUGUUUUGAUCAUCCGCCUGUCUGUCGAUGGUAUUGCCAAGGCUCAUGGUGAGAAGUCCGUUGCUGUGGAUGAGGCCAACAAAUUGCUGUCAGCUGCCAUUGGUCGCCUUCUGGCUGCCGCACAAAAGUCCAGCGAUUCGGUUCUAUUUGUUCAAUCCACGGACAAGGAUGUAUCGGUUUCACGCUCUAAACGCGAUGUUAUUCCAGCCAACAAAAAAAACGAGUUCAAUUUGGCGAUGUACUAUAACGAUGAUUAUCCAGUCAUUUUCAACAUUAUUCUGUGGUUCAUGGUCAUCUUUGGCCUGUCUCUGCUGGCCAUCUGCUAUGCCAUUGCUGCAAUGGAUCCCGGCAGAGAUUCCAUCAUCUAUCGCAUGACAUCCACAAGAAUGAAGAAGGACAACUAAGCGGUUAGGUUAGACACGAGAGAGAAGCCGCACAAAGCGUUGCGCUUAAAACCUACAACUUAUUUGUUAUCUCGCCCCAUUUCCAAUUUAGCGAAGAGUCAACUUACCCUAUUAAUACUGUUCUAUUUCAAUUCAAUUAGCGGAAAAAUUGUGUGUGCGUGUGUAAACAGUGUGUAGUUGGCUUUAUGAAUACCACCCAUAAGCUAUAAAUAAGUAUUACAAACUUAUUAUUUUUAAAUGCAGUUCAGUAAUUCCAUUAUCAGCUAUAAUAAUUUGUUAUAUUUUGUGUUUGUUGUACUUUUUAGGUUUAUAUAUUGUCAAACAGUCAUUUCUUUAUCAAACUAUGUAAAUUAUCACAUGUAAAGUGUUAAUAACUUACCGUUAAA